UCACCUUGUCGUAUCGAUAAAGAAUAAUUAAGAAAUUCAGCUCCACCGAAGCUCUAUCAAAUCUAUAUUCCAUCAUCCCACCAUCUAAGUCGAAAUUAUACGACUACCAGUCUACCAUAUCAUCGUUCUUUACCCAGUCAUGUCAAUUGAAUUAUUUGGCUUAUAAUACGCAGAUGACGGCACCUAUAUCCGUUUGCCGGGGGUGUACCCGCCCUAUAUUUAUACUCCAUAACUCCCUCAGAUCAUCUAUCCGAAUCACCAGAGUCCCGCUAUGGCCCCAGCCAACUUCCGCUCGAACGUGCGGCCGAUCGUUCGCGACGACGGGACUUAGAUUCGCAUCUCCAAAGCAAAAACCAACAGUCCCUUUAAAACCUACAGCCUCACCUCCAGCAAAGAGCGUACUGUCUCCACUAAGUUUUGCGCAGAAGCUCGCAGACAAGUCUUCUCCGACGAUCUUAUACGAAGCAGCUCCCCAGGGAGUCUUCCUAUUCUCGAGUUACACGGCUGGUCUCUUUUUCAUAGGAGCCGCCGCUAUCAACAUCGUUGUAAACGUCUAUAAUCUACCGGAAGGACUCCAUUGGAUCGUUAGUGUUGGGUUUGGUAUGAUGGGCUUACUUCUAGCCGCUUGCGGGACCAGGUUUGCACUGAUGCCCGCGGGUAUGAUACGUUCUAUCAAGGUACUACCAGCCCGGUCAGUCAAGGCGCUGAACCCAGCCGCAAAGACGGCUACACCGGAAAAUCUACCGGUGCGGCUUGAAAUCGAAGCUCGACGCACUGUGCCCUUCCCAGGUGUACCGCUACGUCGCAUACAAGUUGAUCCAAAUGACGUGGUCAUGAAGGCGCCGCUGUAUAAUCGCAAAGCGCCCCCUUCGGACUACGAGAAGAUGCUUAUGAAGAAGCAGGAGGAGGUCCGGCGUAAGCAGGAGCGCGAAUACGAGAUGAACCACCUAAUGACUGCACCGUUUAGGCACGGAAAACAGGUCUUCUCGAUGCUCUUCAAGAACUUCCGCCGCGGAUUAACAGGGGAGGGAUUUGCCCCAAUUAUGAUAAACGGGGUUAAAUACAAACUCGACAUCACGUCAGCAUAUGUACUAGAGGAGGGACGAGCUUUGGAUAGGAUCGUGAAGAUCGAUAAAUAAUCUCGCCUUGCCUUUUCAAGGUAAUAGCACGUCAUAGGUUGUGGGAUACGACAUUGUACGAUUGGGAUGAUCUAUUUGAGUGCAUUACCGCCUGCCAGAGCAUCGUACAGAGAGUGGGAGCUUCAAGCUCGCUAGGUUCGAGUGGAUUACCUAUCUAGGUAACUACCUAAUGUACCCAAUACGAUACCGCCCUCGAGGCUUGGGGGUACGUAUGCCCCGUGGGUUGCGCAGCCUUGUCCGACGUCUUGGAGGGUUACUAAGUCCGGUAUGUCCAAGAGAAGAUGCAAGCCGGAUGAUUCCGGGAUUGGGGUUGGGUGGAAUCGAUUUGAGUUAACUUCGUCUAUCGAAACAAGAAGUCUCAUACCGAUUUGUAUAUAUAGUCACAAGGCGCCUAACGUAUAAACAAAAAGAUAUAUAUGUAAUACCCCCCUCAU